UAACUGGGAUGUCCCCCUUGGGGCAGUCGAUGGGUAAGGAUUCUGGGCAGAGCUGGAGCUGUUAAGAGUCAGGCACCAGCGGCGUCCCAGGUGGGUGGGCACAGGGUAGGCGUGCGCGCUCGCGGGAAAUGGGAGCCCAUGGACCCGCCAGGUCCUGGGCUUAGUCCCUCAGAAUCACGCCUGCCAUCCAGUCCCAGGUACGAAACAGGGGCACUACCUCUUUAAAGGCGUCCGGGGCUGAGCCUCUGCCACACCAUGUGAUUGCUUGAAAGGCCGGGCUGGGAGCGCAGCGGCGGGAGCCUGUAGAACGAUGAGCCGAUGCGCGCGCGGUGCCCAGAGCCCAGCCCUGCCUGGCGCGGCUCCGGAAAGCCGCCCGGGGAACUUAGGGCUACGCCUUUGGGACCCCCUGCUGGUUGGCAGGCAGGAUGGUGAGCUCCUUGCCUCCGGGUCGGCGGACACCUGUGGGCACUGUGGAUGCACUGGGGAUCCUUGUGGAGUGCUGGCCUGGUGCCCCAGGGCGCCUGUCUGCGGAUGUGCCCAGCUCCUGCCCACCAUGCCGCCGUACAUCUCGGCCUUCCAGGCUGCCUACAUUGGCAUCGAGGUGCUCAUUGCCUUGGUCUCUGUGCCCGGAAACGUACUGGUGAUUUGGGCUGUGAAGGUGAACCAGGCACUUCGCGAUGCCACCUUCUGCUUCAUCGUAUCCCUGGCGGUAGCUGAUGUGGCCGUUGGCGCCCUGGUCAUCCCACUGGCUAUCCUUAUCAACAUUGGGCCACAGACCUACUUCCACACCUGCCUCAUGGUGGCCUGCCCUGUCCUCAUCCUCACCCAGAGCUCCAUCCUGGCUCUGCUUGCUAUCGCUGUGGAUCGAUACCUCCGAGUCAAGAUCCCUCUACGGUACAAGACAGUGGUAACUCAGCGGCGGGCAGCAGUGGCCAUAGCUGGCUGCUGGAUUCUCUCUCUUGUGGUAGGCCUGACACCCAUGUUUGGCUGGAACAACCUGAGUGAGGUGGAACAAGCCUGGAUAGCCAACGGCAGUGUUGGGGAGCCCGUGAUCAAGUGUGAGUUUGAGAAGGUUAUCAGCAUGGAGUACAUGGUCUACUUCAACUUCUUCGUCUGGGUGCUGCCGCCACUGCUCCUCAUGGUUCUUAUCUACCUGGAGGUCUUCUACCUGAUCCGCAAGCAGCUCAACAAAAAGGUGUCAGCCUCCUCUGGUGACCCCCAGAAGUACUACGGGAAGGAGCUCAAGAUCGCCAAGUCGCUGGCCCUCAUCCUCUUCCUCUUUGCCCUCAGCUGGCUACCGCUGCACAUCUUGAACUGUAUCACCCUCUUCUGCCCCACCUGCCAGAAACCCAGCAUCCUGAUCUACAUCGCCAUCUUCCUCACACACGGCAACUCGGCCAUGAACCCCAUCGUCUAUGCCUUCCGAAUCCACAAGUUCCGGGUCACCUUUCUGAAGAUUUGGAACGACCACUUCCGAUGCCAGCCCAAGCCUCCCAUUGAUGAAGACAUCCCAGAGGAGAAAGCUGAUGACUAGGCUCUGCCUUGCUCCGUCUAGCCCGCCGCACCCAGUGGCUCUCUGUUCAACCCCCAUGUCCUCCCUGUUCCCCCUGUCCCACUGUUCCUCCUCAGCCUUCCCAGCUGGGCUGUGGGCUGUGGACACCAGGGAGGCUCUGAAGAGAGGCCAUGGAACAGGGCCCCUUCUGUAAGGAGCUGGCUGCCCUGUACCUUGGGGACCUGGAGGAGGUUUGGAGGUGGGGCAGGCUAUGGCAGGGAAUCGGGUGCCCUCAGGUGAGAGUCUUGAGUGCCCCAUUCCUGGCCGUUCUCUGAGCAGUUCAGAGAGCUAGGGUUAGAAUAUUCUGGCUCCUACUGUCAGACAGGGGAGCCUGCUAUUAGGUGUUGGUGGCCCAAGGGACCAACUUCAAAGUGAAGAAAACAGUCCCUUAGAGGUGGAUGAAUAGAGAGAAAUGGAUAGCCGCCGCUUUGCUGUCUCUCCUGUUCUCUAGGAGAAGAUAGUGAACCACAGGGAAGGAGACCUCAGCCCCUCCUCCAAGGAUUGUUGUUCUUGGCCACGCCGGUGCUCUCCUGACCCCGGGGAGAAGCCCGGGGUUAUACUUGGGAGAGGCAGGAAGAAUGGGUCCAGGGACUGUCUCUCACAUUUGCUCUAUUCACAGCCUGGGACUCCCAGUGGGCCACAAAGUCCUUGGGAAUAAAAAUAGUGCAGAGGGUGCUGGCCUCACAUAGCCAGCAGGGAGCAGCACUGAGCCCUUCUUGCCCUGAACUUCCUGGGAGUCUCCGAUGUAAUUUUCUGUCUGGGCCACCGAGCUUCACCAACUCUCAGAGCAGGCCUGGACUCUCCCGAGGGACACCAUCUCUGCUUCCAAGCCCCAGGAAGUACAAUCCUUGGGAGCAUGCUGCCUGAGGGGGGAGGAAAACAUCCAAGAUCAUCCCAGGUGACCCUGGGCACCCCUGGUGUGCCCAGAAGUGUGACAGACCAGACCAGACCAGACCAGACCAAAAGAGAUUGCUGCCUUCAGUGUGAGAGAGUGCCUUGCUGGCAUUUAAAUAUCCAAAAGGCUCCUGGAGGUGGCUUUAGUUUAGGAGCUGUGUUGCAAAUAGAGUGUAGGCUUUGGGGGAGGUCUCAGGUGGGACCAAUCCAUGUUCUGCUGAGCCUGGAUGUCUUCCUUGUAUGGACAGCAGGCAGAGGAGGGUGUCAGGUUCUCUCCUCCUUGGGUGUGAAUAUUGACUCCAAGUCUUGAUUCCAGGCUCUUCCUUCAGUUGGAGGUAAGGUGUCCCUGGCUCUCAAGGAGGCCCCUAUGUCUAAUAAAAGAUUGUGAAGCCCUGAGGAGAGUGGGGUGCUGGCACCCCAGCACUGCCAGGGGGCAACCAGACCACCUCAGCGGAGAAGAUGUAAUGGUGGGGGUGGAGGGGAAGCUGGGAGAGGGCUGUGGAGGCAGAUGGAAAGUCCCAGAGAUGGUGUGUCUGUUGCUAUAGUUACACAUUUAGGGUAGCACAUUGUGAAUCAGAAAGCAAGAUCCAGAACACUCACAUGUCUAAAAAAAAAAGAAAAAAGAAAAAAAAUGCCUGUAUCAUCGUGAGCCCCUUCCUGUUGGCACUUUUCUAAUCUUGAUAGUGUCUCCCCUUCAUAGUAACAUAGUAUUUUCCCAUCCAUCAUGACACUCACCACCACAGAAACCCCACACACCUUUAUUUGAAUGUUUCUCACACAGUGUACAACUCUGAAGAGGGUGCCAGUCUCUGCCCCUUUAGGGCCCUCUUGUACCCAGAAGGUAUGGCCUGGGGCCUGCCAGGCCCAAUCCUGGGUCUGGACCCAGCCUCUGGUAGAGGGAGCCUGCAGGUGCUAGAGGCCCGCCCCCACCCCCACCCCCAUUAGCUGUUCCUAUGGUCUUGGAGACUCCUGGGGUCCUGAUCCUCACGUCUGCAGGAUGUGACAGAGAAUGCCCUUCUGCGUCCUGGUGUGUGACCAAGCUGCUAGAAGAGAUAGUGGGGAGUCGGGUAGAGAACCACCUCCACCCUUCCCAGUUCUUCCUCAGACUUGAUUCCCAGUGCUGAGCUCUGCUCAGUGCAGCUCUGGGGACUUGUUAGUUCACCUCAGAACCACCAAAGGAACAAGGACUGGGUCCCUACUUUCCUCAUGAAGGAAAAGAAUGCCGAUGUUUACAGUCACUCAAAGGCAAGUCCAGAUGCUGACCUGUGACCAACCACCACCCAGAGUCCCCAUCCCUUCUGGACCUCCCCAGCAUGGCCCAGCGCUGCACUGUCUUCACCAAACUGAACAUGCAUGCUCUCUGUCUUUUGCUACAAAAAUGGUACCCGGAUCUGCCUCCUGCCCUCCUGCCCUCCCCUCCCCAUCUCCAGUGACAUUUUGUGCCUGGGGGUGGGGUGGGGUGGAUUCUUCUCUCCCAAUGUUCUCUUUAACACCACGCUCUCAGUAGAGGUAACUGAAGGAGUGGGUCCAGCCACUCACCUGUCCUUGUCCCGGUCUCUGUCUCUAUUGCUUUUCAGUGUGUGGCAGACGCUGAAAGAGAUACCACAAGUUAGAGCUUUGGGGGAAGACAGGAGGGAACGGAGAGGUUUGAGGUCAAGAAUCCCCAGCACCCCAGUCCCCAAAUAGGAAGAACAUCUUCCCACUUAGAAAGUCACACAGUUCCUCACCCCUCCCUACCCUUUUCCUGCUCCAGUUUUGCUCUGAGCUACAUCUAGUCCAGCUCCAAAGAGGGACUCAGUCUGUCCACUACAGCAGGGUGCUGAGGGCACCCUUCUGGCUCCCACCUUUAACCUCCAGCCGACAAUCCACAGAGGCCUCCCCCAGCACGUUGAUGGCCUUGCAAGUGUAGACCCCGGAAUCAAAGGGGCUGGGCUUCCGGAUCUCCAGGGUGCAGACCCCUUGCUCGGAGACGGCACGGUACUUGGGGUCACCCUGGAUGUCCAUCUUGUUUUUCAUCCAGAUGAUCUUGGGCUGGAAGCAAGGUCAGAGGAGGGUAAUGAAGUAAGAACAGCUCUCAAGAAAGAGUUUCAUCCCUGCAGCCUCCGACCACCCCACCAGCCCAGGGCCCCUGACCUUAGGUGAUGCUCGAACACUGCAGAAAAGCUGCGUGCUAUAGCCAGGAGUGGAGGUAUGGUCAGCCAGGGGCUGGGUGAAUGAGGGUGCUUCUGAGAAGUCUCGCUCAAUAAACUCUCUAGGUUUGGCAGUGAUAUCUAGGUUCAGGGGAGAAUUUGAGGUUAUAGGGAUGCAGGAGGCUUCGGAAGACUGGCCUCAUCCCUAAACUUUGGGACAUUCAACCUGGUCAACACGUGAAGACAUCAGAGAAAAGCCUCGCUGAGCAGGGCUGAGGCUGAUCAGGAGGUGAACAGUGAGGAGUGGGCGUGAAAACCUGAGCCACGGAGGAUUGCCGCAAGAGGCGAAUAUCACAUUCCAUUUCUGUCUGCCUCUGAGACCCGAGUGGCUUUCCUUUUUAAACACAAAAUGCUCAGGGCUGUGAUGCUCUAGCUGAUGUUAAAGAGUGUGGCUUCUAGGGUGAGUGAGAUGGCUCAGCGGGUGAGGGUGCUUGCCACCAAGCUUACCACCCCAGUGUUUAGUCCCUGGGACCCACGGGGUAGAAGGAGAGAACUGACAUGUGGUCCUUAGACUUACACAUGCACGCGCACAUGUGAACACACACUCACACACCAAUAAAUGUAAUUAAAA